CCGGCUCCUAACUGCAAGACCAGGGAUUCGUUUACAGGAGCCCGAGAAGGGUGGGGGUUAAUAUGUUGACGAGACGUGUUCUGUCACAAGAGGCAGUGACAGUCGUUGGAUCGACGCCAGCGAUGCGGAUGCAAACGUUCGAACGCAUUUCAAUAUUUCCCAGAAACGCCGAAAAGCUGCACUUACGAAAUCGUCAUUCCCUCUAUGGCUGCGCUGGCUCAAUGGGAGGAUCUUAUUACUGGCCCUCAGCUUGAAGGACACAUCGCUGACAUUCUGUCCAUCCUUUUCGAGCCUACGAAUAUCCUCAUCACUCAUGUUGGCCCUGCAAUUGCCACGCAGUUGUCCGACCCAGCCUUCACCCAACAUCCAAAGUCUUAUCAAGAUCUGAUUGAUCUUUCUGCGAGUCAUAUUGAAAAGCUCCACCCGCGCGAUCGAUCCGAGUUCAUUCGCGGUCAUCCACGAAUUGGAGAAGUUUCAAACCUUUCUGCACUGAGUGCGGCCGAACAAGCAUCAAAGAAGACCCCUCCUGAAGUCCUCAAGCAGUUGGAAAGGCUGAACGUUAUUUAUGAAUGGUCCUAUCCUCGUUUGCGCUACGUUACGUUUGUCAAUGGUCGUUCGAGGGCAGAGAUUGUCCCAGAAAUGAAGAAGCUCCUAGGAAUUACAGGGGACCUCGAUGAUGUCACACAAGAAUCCACUGUCGUGUGGAAUGAGGGAAGUAAGGAGUGGUUGACUGAGCUGAACCGUUCAGUUCAUGCUACCAUUCUCAUCGCCAAGGCGAGGCUGGAUGCAUUGGGCGUCAUCUGACGUCCAAAUCGAUCGAAUCAGUGGAAGGAGAAAAAUCGAAGAUAGAUGGAGUCAAACACGGUGUAUACGUUUGGAUGCACAAUAGUGCUCGCGUCGCUCGCGCCAACAUGCACUGCCAACCAACUGAAUUUCGUAUCACAAGCAAGGAACCAAGAUAAAAAUUAUUCGUUACAAGAUUUAUAAAAUACAAGAAAGGCAUUGAUAUACACGCAUCCUGAAUUCAGGACAGUCGUCGUGCAGCAGCAGCAGAUGCGCAUUCAAAACGAGGGAUGGACGGAACUGCUGCGCUAUUGUCGA